AUGCCGCACGCUUUGACUGAGCAUGCUCGGACAUUUGUUGUUACUGAGCACGUGUGGAGGCGUUACCGAGCUGCUGCUCUCCCUCCUCAGGACGAGAAGCUGCAGCGGCUGGUGAAGGACCUCGGAGCAAACUGCUGGUCUUCAGUUUCCCUUCAUUUCAGAGGUCAAAGGUCACCGGUGGAGUGUCAGAGGCGGUGGCAGCAGAUAAAGAAUCCAGACCUGGUCAAAGGUCCGUGGACGAAGGAGGAGGAUCACAGGGUCAGAGAGCUGGUGCAGAAGUACGGCGUGAAACGCUGGUCGCUGGUCGCCAAACACCUGCACACCCGGAACGGGAAGCAGUGCCGCGAGCGCUGGCACAACCACCUGAAUCCGACGGUGAAGAAGACCAGCUGGACGCUGGACGAGGACCGCGUCAUCUGCCAGGCGCACAGGCUGCUGGGAAACCGCUGGGCCGACAUCUCGAAGCUGCUGCCCGGCAGGCACGGGAAUCGGACGGACAACUCCAUCAAGAACCACUGGAACUCCACCCUGAAGAGAAAAGUGGAGAAGGAGGGAUACCUGCAGGUCCUGCGCCUCCACGGCUCCUACGUCGCCUCCACCUCGGCACCGGCAUCCAAGAGCUGCGGCCUCCCCUGCAGCAUCCCUGCAAAGGUCACCACCUGCCCAGCACCGUCUGUGAGGUCAGAGGCUGACAGUCUGUCUACCUCAAAGGACGAGUCCAGCUGCGCCUCCGGCAGUCAAAGCGCGUGCAUGCGCCACGGGAGCUCCGCCCAUCUGUGCUCCUCCUCCACCGGAUCUCUGAGCACGAGCAGACCGGCAGCGUCCGUGGACCUGAUGGAGGCGAGCAUGGAGACAUGGAGCCACGAUUCAAAGGAAGUGACAUCAUCCCUGAAACAGCCCCCAGCACUGCUGCCCGUCUGCCCGCACAGAAACGACGGCCACCCCUCCGUCGUGGGCCUGAAGGAGAGCAGCGUUGCAGGUAUGAAAGAGCAGGAGCUGGAUGGCCAGGACGACUGCUCAUCGCCCUCGUGGAGCAGAAGCAGCCAGAUGGGAGCUCUGAACUUCUCCCCCUCAGAAUUCUUCAGUCUGUGCGCUGCUGACAAGCUGAAGCUACGGUGUCCACCUCUCACCUCCACCCCCGUCUGUGCCCUCCAACACCCCGUCCAGCAGGAGGAGGAGGCCUGCCCACAGUGCAGCUCCAGCACGCAGACGCCCCCAGAGAUCCGAGAGAAGGUCAGAGUGUCGCUGAUAUCUGCUCCUCAAACACCCACUCCUCUGAAGAUCAGUGCGAGCCCAGGCGAGGUCUCCGUGUCUUCCGGUCUGACGAUGACUCUGAUGUGGGAGAACCGGAGCGUGGAUCCUGACAGUCAGCAGUCGGGCAGCAGCUCCGAGGUCAGACGCUCCGAGGUUCAGGGCGAGAGUCUGCUGACCUCCAUCCUGGACGUGCAGGUCGACCCCACCUCAGCUCAGCAGCAGCAAGUCCAGGCAGAGUGUGGCUUCUCCCUCGACAGCCCCCCCUCAAAGUCAGGGUUGGACGUGUGGUGGAGCCAGGUCGGCUACCUGGACUCACCUGAGUGCCCCACCCACAGCACCAACCCCUUUGAGCUGAGCGGUGAGCUGCAGGUGGUGCUGUUCGGGCAAACAGAGGAUCAGAUGAUUGUGACGGAGCAGGCGCGCCUCUUCAUGGAGCCGUGA